AUGGAGAGUGAGCCGAUACCGUCCUCGCUUACAGUCUUGACGUCGCCAGGAUACAGGAUAUCCGACAAUGUUAAUGCACACGAUUGUACAGCGUUCACGUCUCUAUCGGCUGCAACUAUUCAGUUAAUGACAUCCCAAACCGGUAUCGAGCAGUUGCUGAGCUUGGCUCACCACCAUGUUGACAAUGCGGUAGCCGCUCAAUAUGUUAAUGGUAAGCAUGAAGCAGCAACAGAUGCCGAUGUUGAAGAUUAUGCGAUGUUGACUACGCUGACGAAAUCAAAGACUUCAAUCGCGACAUCACUGUUGCGAAUCGUCUCCAAAGCUGUACGCACGUUGCAUCGGAAAACUCGAGGCCAAGUUAGCGGUAGUUCGGCAUUUGAUAUGCUUGCCACGGCAGAAGUAGGCGAGGCGCGAUACAAGCGCUUGAAAGCGGGAUUCACGAAGCUAAAGGAUCAUGUGAAUGACGUCGCAGACCACCGAGAGCAGCUUUUUCGCGACCUUAACCAACUUCACGCGGAUACGAUUUCCCUGCAAGAAACCUUUUUUCUAUGUUUGAUACAAACAUCGGCGUCUUUUUCUGCUGAAUGUUCGUCAAGUCUAUUAGAAAGCUGUGCAGCCAUCGAUGAAAUGAAGAAUGUCCUUGAGCAAAAAGUGGCCAAACAAACCAGCAGGAAGCUCGCAGAGCUCCAACUCUUUGAGGAAAAACUAAAUGUGCGUGAGAAACUUCGACACGAGGUCAAUGUGGCUGAAAAGCAGCUUCAAGCGAUGCGCACAGACGUCUUGAAACGAGGUGAACAAUCCAAUAGAAAGCACGUCACGACCAUGCGUGAGGUCACAACCAAGCGACAAAAGUUUCAACGUCUUCGUCGACAUCUCGUCGUCAUGACAGAAGCAUUGGAAUACGUGUUUCAAUUUCACUUUCUCUUGGAUCAAUGCAUCGCCGAGCCUGAACUUGAUACGGUCCGUAGUCACCUCUACCAGUUCUUCCAGCAUAACCAACACGCAUAUAAAGUGGUACAUUGUACGUUUUAA